CAUAUCGUUUUUCUCUCUUAUGACACUAGAGUGGUUUCCGACAAUACUUUUUUCAACAACGUGAGCAAGCAAUCUCUGAAUCUGUUUCAAACAUGUUUAAAAAAUUUGAUGACAAAGAAAUGGUAUCUGGUGUUAAUAAUGCAAAGUCCUCAGUCCAGAAAGCUAUAAGAAAUUCUGUAUCAGAAAAUUAUCCUUUUAUAGAGCAAUAUCUUAGUCAGAUUAUUCCAAAGAAAGGCGAUCUUAAACUUGUCAAAUGUCAUGAACACAUAGAAAUACUUGCCAAUGCUGCAGGUGAACCUUUAAUGUUCAGACACAGAGACGGACCUUAUAUGCCAACAUUGAAGCUUUUGCACAAGUACCCCUUCAUGUUACCGCGGAUGCAGGUAGAUAAAGGUGCUAUUAGGUUUGUUUUGAGUGGAGCCAAUAUCAUGUGUCCAGGAUUGACAUCACCCGGUGCCAAGAUGACAAGAUUAGACCCAGACAAAGUUGUUGCAGUGAUGGCAGAGGGUAAAGAACAUGCUGUGGCCAUUGGAAUGACAAAAAUGUCCUCAGAUGAAAUCAUCUCAAAAAACAAAGGUAUUGGGAUAGAGAACAUUCAUUACCUAAAUGAUGGACUUUGGAACAUGAGGACUGUUAAGUGAUGUUGGAUGAUCCAGAUCGUUAACCUCCUGUUAUUACUACAUGUACUAAAACUGUGUAACUUAAAUAUUUAUUGCAAUCUGGAAUUUUUUUUAUCAUGAAAUAAACCACCAUCCCUUCUCCAA